AUGUAUGCUGCCAUGAGCUCUUCUUAUGGUUUAAUGAACACAAAUACUAUUAUCAAUCCGUCGACCAGUCAUAAUCAUCAUAAUCAUCAUCAUCAUCAUAGCAAUUAUUCAACAACAACACCAACGUCAUUAUUAGAUGUAGGAGUAAGUAAUAACGAUUAUGGAUGCAAUAAUGGUGUAACAACUACUGCUGCCGUUGCUCUAUUACCCUCCUAUCAACAUUUAUCCCAGAAUGGUGCACACAUUGGUCAAAUAUCAACAUCAACACCAAAUGGAAAUGGAACUUCUUCACUAUUACAACAGCAACAACACGAUUAUUAUACAUCAUCCUAUCGUUCACAACCAUCAGAUUAUAAUUUUCAUGAUAAUUUGUAUCGUACAACACAUUAUACACCUACAUCACCCAGUCCAUCUUGUGUUUAUGCCUGUCAUGGAUCGUUGAAUGGAUCUCUUUAUCCUAAUCAAAUCCCCCUAUCAAACACCGGUGUUCAACAACAACAACAACUUUCAUCCACCGAUGUUACAUCUUCGUCUCAACUUUUGGGACCAAUGGAUCGUUAUGGUUUAUCAUCAGUUAGUCCCAUAAGUACAUCAUGUCAACAACAACAGCCGUCAAGUAACGCAAAUAGUCCUGAUUUACAACAAGAGCAUCUUUAUGCAAAUAAUCUCAACUCUCAUCACCUUCAACAACAACAACAACAACAACCAACGCAACAACAGACAGAAAAGAGUAAUCAAUCAGCACCAGUCAUUUACCCAUGGAUGAGAAAAGCUCAUAUCAAUAAUCCUGUCACUAAUUUUACGAAUGGUGAAACAAAACGUGCAAGAACUGCUUAUACUCGACAUCAAGUGCUCGAACUAGAAAAAGAAUUCCAUUUUAGUAAAUAUUUGACACGUCGUCGACGAAUUGAAAUAGCACAUUCACUCUGUUUAACUGAACGUCAAAUUAAAAUUUGGUUUCAAAAUCGACGUAUGAAAUGGAAAAAAGAUCAUAAAUUACCCAAUACAAAAUCGAAAUUACCCGAUACUCUACCAAAUACCACAAUGUCAACGCCAACAUCAUCGACAUCACCAUCAUCUCAAACAAAUAAUAGAGUAUUGAAUAGUCCUAAUAAUAUAAUUAAACAAGAGCAUAAUACAAUUAAAGAAGAAUCAUUUUCACCAACAUCAAAUUAA